UAGCGAUUUAGUAAAACAUGCUAUUCUAAUUAAAAUCAAGAAGAUAAAAGCGGAUUGAAAAAGAUAGGCAGCAAAAUUUAUUCUCGCUACCGGGCCAUAUUGGGCCGGAGCGACCUUAAUAAACGUUGAGAUGAAAAGGCCACGUGUGUUUCCAAGCAGUUGUUAACCGGGGGAGCAAAUUCGGCGUCAACCUAGAUAGACUACCAACACUCGGUAAAUGUGAGGGUUGCUAGCUAGACCGGGACUCAAUCGCGCUACCAGGUCCGUCUAUUCCAAAAUGGAGACGACAACCCGGCAGGACCCGAAAGCGGAAUCGACCCGCCCAGAUGAACCAGAGUUCGAUCUCUACACCAUUCCCAGCUACUCCAGUUGGUUUCGAUGGAACGACAUCCACGAGACGGAGAGAGCCGCAAUGAGAGACUUCUUCGAUGGAAGCUCGGUAACCAGGAGUCCCAAAAUCUACAAGGAGUACCGCGAUUUCAUGAUCAACAGGUACCGCGAGGAUCCAUCCACCAGGCUCACCUUCACGGAGGUUCGCAAGUCCCUCGUCGGCGACGUCAGCCUGCUCAAUAAGGUCUUCCAGUUCUUGAACCAGUGGGGAUUGAUCAACUUCGGUGCGGAUUCGGCUCGAUUUGAGUCGGAGAACGAGUACAAGGACGAAGUUAGGGUUGAGGAUGGCCCUCCCAACGGCAUUCGUGUUGUUGCUGACCCUAAUUCGUCCAAACCGUUCCCAGCAUCGCACGCCGGGGCCCCUCUUGCCGCUGAUGUCCGCGGCGGGAACCGCUCGAAGCUGUCGCCAUUGGCGUCCUACUCUGACGUUUUUGGUGAGUUGGGUAAGCGCAAGGGAAUUUUGUGUGCGAGUUGCGGUGGAAAUUGUGAGUCCGGCCGAUAUCAGCACGAUAAGGAUAGCUAUGUUCUCUGUGUCAAAUGCUUCAAAGAUGGAAAGUAUGGAAACAAGUCUGUUGAUGAUUUCAAGCUUCAUGGCAGCAGUGUCAGUGACGGUAAGCAAAGGGAUGCCUGGACAGAGGCUGAGACUUUACUUCUCUUAGAGUCUGUUUCGAGGCAUGGAGAUGACUGGGACAUAGUCGCUCAAACUGUGAAAUCCAAGACUAAACUGGAAUGUAUUUCCAAGCUUAUUGAGCUACCUUUUGGAGAGUUUAUUUCAAGUUACAAUCUUGGAAAGGACCCUGCCAGUGGACUAAGCGGGAAUGGAGACGGUGGAAAAGAUGUCUUUCCAUCUCUACCAGAGCAACAAGAUAUGAUCAAAUCUGAAAAUGUAAUGUCCCAGCAGGCUAAUGGUAAUGAGCAGAGAGGAGAUGAUGCUGACAAAGUCCCCCCUCUGAAGAAACAGUGUGUUUCUUAUUCUUCAGGAUCUGGAAUCUCCAUCAUGAGACAGAUCGCUCGCAUCUCAAGCAUGGUCGGGGAUGACAUCACUGCCACUGCAGCUAAGGCUGCUUUUGCAGCACUUUGUGAUGAAGCCUCUUGUCCAAGUGACUCAUUCAAUAAUGAGGAAGACUUUGCUAAUGAAUUGUGGCCUGCCAUGGACCAGUCUGUGUCAGAGAGGGCGCAUAAGGAUGAAGAUAUAGAGCAGGGAGGGGAUGUACAAUCAGGUAAAUUGGGAGUUAACUUCAAACUCUCAGAUUGUUGUGCUGGGUGAUAUUUACUAUAACAUGUGAAUUAUACAUAUUGUCUUCUGUUGAUACUUUUGAUGUAUUUGAGUGCAUUUGAAAUUACACAUGCAAUCUGAAAUACAUCAAAAUGAUGUAAUCGGAAAUAGUUGGGGUAGGAAGUAUGUGUACAAAAGUAAGUCCAACAUGUUACUUCCCUCAGUUUUCCGGGACAAGUUCAUGCAUGAAUAUAGCAAACCAAACAACGUUUUGCAAAUGCAUAUUAUAUGGUAGAAUGUAAUAAAGACAAAUAACAUCAACUGACAAAUAUACGGAUUUUAGCACAACCAUGGAUCUGACAAGGGGAAGGAUCUGGUUUUGUCAAUGUUAUCACACCCGUUUCACUGUCUACAUUUUUGCUUGCGGUUUUGGAUUCUCCAUUCUCUUGUUAAAGCCUGUUUAGGCAAAUGCUUGACCUUGUCAAUUCUGAUGUUUUCCUAAUGUCCUGGUAUAUUCCUCAGAAGAUCGGGAGACAAACUUAUCCCAGAAUAAUGUACCGUUAACUUUGAGGCUUCGAGCUACAGUUGCAGCUGCACUUGGGGCAGCUUCUGCUCAUGCCAAAUUAUUGGCCAAUGAGGAAGACCGGGAGAUUGAAACUUUAGUUGGAACCAUCAUUGAGACACAGGUACUGCAAGGGGGAGACCUUAUCCUGCAUCCAUUUUUUUCCUACUUUUCAUUAAAAGCUUCUAAUCUGUCCGUUUUUUCACUGAAUCUUGAACAUUAGUUGAAGAAACUGCAGUGUAAGACGAUGGAUUUGGAUGAAUUGGAGGUGAUUAUGGAGAAAGAAUAUGGAGAACUAGAAGAAUUGAAGCGAUCUUUAGCUGAGCAGCGAGUUGACAUCUUAGCCAGAAGAGUUAGAGCUGGCAUAUCGAAAGCGGGAGCUUAUACGUUUGUGAAAACUCAGAAUGCAACCUUGCCCUGAUGACCCUGUAGCUGAAUCUAAAUCUAGAGAAAAAUUGUGGAUAGAGUUGCAGGACUAGUUGUUGGUUGUUCUAUUGUACAUCAGGAGAUAGCCUGUCGCUUGGUUCUGGUAGGAGCCGUCUGUUUGUGCGCUUCUCCCAUCUCAGCUGAUUGUUUCAUUUCUUGUAUCCCCCAGUGGUAGAGGACUUGUAGUCGUUUAGCUUCUGGGGCAGGUUGUAUGAGGUCGUUUAGCAUGUUAAAUGGGUGAUGUUGGUUAGGGGUGUGUAACGGUCCGGAUCAAACCGAUGCUUGGACCGGGCUGCAUUGAACCAAGUAUGAUAUGAACUGUUUUUUUGUCUUGUGAAUUUUAUAAAUACUAAAAAAAAAAUUGAAUAUCAUUUGAAUCUAAAGGUGCUAUUGGCGCCGACGGCUUUUGAUCGUAGUUCAGAUAAUGUUUCAGGAGGAAGGGCAAGCACAACACAACAAAGGGACUUUUCCACU